CUGACUAAAGGUACUGAGAUACCCCAGUGACAAGAGUGGUACCACCCCAGUGACAGUUUAGUCCUCUUAUUUCUGAGAGUGUACAGUGUGAUAAGGUAUCAGUGCAGCCCCAGUCUUUUCUCCACCACUGCUCGUAAUGCAUGAUAACAAUGCCCUGAUGAGAUCAGAUGGCUUUUGUGGUAAAAGUGCUGUUUCAGGCUGCGUGUUAGUGAGUAAGGCCAGGCUGGGGGUCUCAGCAGUGCUUCUGGGUUUAGAUCACGUGAAUGACAGCAUCCCCGCAGUGACAGAACAGCCUUUAUGCUCUCCAGUGUGACAUCAGGGCUGAUCUGGAGGCCGGCAUGUUCCUCCGCUCGGCCUAUUGUGUCUCCCACAAUGCCCUGAAAGAUCUCACUGCUUCUCCGCGAGUGGCCGUCUGCCCGCUGCCUUCCUGAGCCCCCCAGAGCCGUCUGUGGGUGCGUAUGUGUGUGGUCACUGUUCUCAGCCACACCAUUCAGCAGUGAGCAAUGAGACCUCUCCCACUGUCAUUGUGCAGAAGGGCCAGAUAGGAGAAGAACACCAAGGGAGUGCAUGUGUCCACUGUCAUGAUAGUCAGGCACCAGUCACUGGUCAGCUCUUCCCAUGACAGGCCACUGAGAGCGUGCACGAGCUGAGGAAACAAGCGGGCAGGCAGAUACACAGAGGUGAAGGUGCAGGACACACCAGUGUGGGAGUUCGUAGAGUCAUUUACUGCUGCUAAAUCAAGCUUAUGUCCAAGAAUAUAAACCUCUACAGACAGUAAGAGAGCCGGUCACUCAGGAGAAACUGCCCCUCACUGCUGCUUCAUCAUCAACAUGUGGAAAGUCAGAACAAAUGGAUCUGGAGGACUCACACAUCUGAAGAAGGAAUGACAGAAGUGUGAGCUGAUGUGAGAUGUCUGAGCUGGAGCAGCUGCCCCGACCCCACCUUGCGCCCGCCCUGCACCGCUGGAGACGUGAUGUGGAGGAGCAGGUGGAGCUGUGGUGGUUUGGUGACCCCUGUGUCUCCGUGCUCUGUUACUGCACCUCAGUGACGGUGGUGCUGGGCCUGGGCCUGGCGGGCGUGUUGUUGCUGUCCUCGGCCGGCUCUGCUACUGGCCCCUCGGCGCUGUGGCGGCUGGCCGUGGGCUCCACGCUCUGCCUCUUGGCGCUGGCCGUCCUGCUCAAGCAGCUGCUCAGCUCGGCCGUGCAGGACAUGGGCUGCAUCCGGAGCCGGAGGAGGAUCCUGCAGCUGCGCAGCGGGGGCUCUCUGGACCCUCUGCUCCUGCUGGCCACCGGCCUGGCCUUGAUGGUCUGCGGCGCCGCGCUGCUGCUGGCCUUGAGCCGCUCGGACACGCUGCUCUCCGGGACGGUCCUCCUGGCUAGCGGGGGCGCCGUAGUGCUGGGCGUGGCAGCAUAUGGAACAGUGGUGUAUGUGAAAGAAUGGAGGAGAAGGAGGACAAGAAGGAGGAGGAGGAGGACGAGAAGGAGGGUGAGAGUGUACGCAGUAACAGCACAGAGGAGUCAGCCAUGGAGAGACUCGGCCUCCAGUCAAGCAAGUCUGAUAUGAGAGAUUAGAGGAGCAGAAAUACGACAAAAGAGAAAAGUUUACACAUUAUCUAAGCCACUUAUCCUCCUGGGUUGUGGGGGU